AUGGAUGAAAGUGAGAAUGAUAUCCGAAUAUUGGUCAAGUGUGAUAGCCGAUGUCGCGGAGCACGUGGUUUCUGCCAAUGCUUUUACUGUCAUUCGUGCAUUCGUAGAAGUCGCAAGUGGUGUAGAUGCUGUAGUUUCGGUGUACUCUUGCAUCAUUCGGAGCUUAACAUGAGCUCUGAUCCGUCAGUAUCAUAUUUACAUGAUGAAGUUGAUGACAGUGACAAGAAAUGCCUGUGGGUUUUCGCAUAUGGUUCUUUAUGCUGGAAACCGGGAAUCAAAUAUAAAAAAUCGGUGAAAGGCUACAUAUCCGGUUAUUCUAGGAAGUUUUGGCAAGGCAAUACAACACACAGAGGAACAGAUGAAAACCCAGGCAGGGUGGCAACUUUGAUCGAGGAAAAAGAGGGUUGCGUUCAUGGCAUUGCCUUUGCUAUAACAGAAGAAACGGCCAUUCCUUAUUUGAACAAGCGUGAAUGUGAAAUGGGUGGAUAUGUAACCCGUUUCGCAAAGUUUUAUUCGGAAAAGGGCCAGUCGUUUCCAGUAUUGCUUUAUAUAGCUACCCAAACGAAUCCCCAAUGGCUUGGAGAUGCCAACACAUCUGAAAUUGCCGGACAAAUAGUCGAUUCCGCUGGACAAAGCGGACACAAUGUAGAGUAUCUAAUCAGAUUGGCUGACUUCACCAGGAAACAUUUUCCUCUGUUCGACGACAGCCACCUUUUCAGCCUGGAAAAGGAAGUGCUGAAGAAGCUGAAAGCCAGAAAUGUAUGCGUCUCGACUCUGAUGGGAAAUGGGGAAGGAUGUGUUAAAUUCGUGAAGAAGGAACAAAUGGAUUCUUCUUCGCUAGACGAGCUUCCAGCACGUUUCGAAUCCUUCCAACACGCUGCUAAAAUCCCAGAAAAAACGCUGCGCUGUUUGAAUCUGUGAUUUAUUUUAUUUUUUUAAUCUAAUUUAACUAGUAAUUUAAGUUUUUUGUUGGAAAACAAUGUGUUAUAUAGUUUUUUUUUUGUUCGGAAAUGUUUAUGUUUAUCCAUAGCUGUUUCGAAUAUUUUAGAAGGAAACACGACUUGGAAAUAUUCAAUUUGUGAUUUUUUAUUUAAUAGAUUUGAUCAAUAGACAAAUAUUUGAGA